CAGCUUGGAGAGCUUAAAAAAAAAAAAUGUCCUGGCGCAGCGGCUACCCUAGGCGGGCGGCUGGAACGGCUCGGCGCGGGCCGCCGCUGUUGCCGCCGGGGCCGCGGCUGGUUGCUGGCCCUCCCUGGGCGCGUCCCUCAGUCCCUGGUCUCCUGGCCCAGUCGCCGCCCCGGUGCGUCUCUCCCCAGCUCCGGCGGCUCGGUCACUGCUCCUGGCUGUUGGCUGAGCUCUGGAAGCCCCCUCGCCUUAAUGCAGCGCCCGCCGACGUCACUGCGGCCUGCGACCAAUCAGCGCCUCGCGGUCCCUCUGUAAACCAUUCUGCAUCCCCCGGCCCGGGAGAGUGCGGGGAGACCGCGUUUAGAGGAUCAGUGGCGGCGGCACCCGCGGCCCCGCGCGGCGCGGACGGCGGGCAGCACCGUGCCUGGGCCCCCUCCUGCUCUGGAGACAGGCCCUGGCACCAGGCUCUGGAGAGCCCGCUUCCUGACUCCAGUGGUGCGAAGAUGAUACAAUACUUUCUGGUGCUGACAUUCAGCUGUCCCCCAAACAGGUUGGCUGAUAACCCUGCUGGUCCUUGGAGAGGGACCGGGGGCUGUCUAAAAAGACAGUUCUGAUGACUGCUUCAUUGCUAGUGCAGAGGAUUUGGGGUACAGGGGUGGAGUUAAGUCCAAUUGCUGUUUAAAUUGGACUUGGCCUCCUUUAUUUUACAGUCCUAAGGGGUCUCCAUAGGAGAAAAAGUAGUGAGAGAAACUUAGAACACAGGAAAGCAAGCAUAGAGAAGAGUUUCUUGUCUCAAUCUUGGUACUGCCGUGCCAAAAUGAAGCCCAGGGAUGGUUAAAAACAGAUCCUAGGGGCCGGGCACCUUGGCUCAGGCCUGUAAUCCCAGCACUUUGGGAGAUCAAGAUGGGAGGAUUGCUUGAGGCUAGGAGUUCGAGACCAACCUGGCCAACAUAGUGAGACCUCAUCUCCAAAAAUAAAAACUUAAAAAAAAAUUUAAAAAACAAAAGCAAAAAUACAGAUCCUAGGGAACAGAGCUUUGAGGUUCCCUAUGGGAUCUUGGCCUGACUCUUGGGAGAUGAAGAAGUCCUUGGUAAGUUUGAAAAUAUCUACAAGUGCCAUCUAUUCAGGGGACUAAAUGUGAUUUCUUUUCACUGCCCAGUGGCUGGAUGGUUAUUGGUGGUCCUACCAUCUUGCUCAUGUUCAAGUUUGGUCGUGUAGAUGAAGACCCCAGCUUCCCAGCUCUUAGUGUUUCUUUUCCCUCAGGCCAUUCAUAAUUUAGCUAACAUUCUAGUCCAUUGACCAGCACGCAUUUUGAAAAGUGAGCUGGCAAGCCUGUAACUGUGUGCAAGGUUGUUCUCAUUUAGGCUCCAGGAAGGAUACAGUUUCCCCAUAAGAAAGAAAAGUGGGCGAGAGGCUGAGGUGGGAGGUUGCUUGAGUCCGGGAGGCAAAGGUUGC